AUGCAACUCAAGAUCGCGCCCAAGCGGGUUUUAAGAACUUCAAUAGCAUCAAGACUCCUAUCUUCAGCCAUACCAGACCUCACACUAUCAAGACCACAGCGUCACCAAAGACUAGCAGAGACAGUCACCAUACAGCCCUCCCAGUCCUUCGCAUCGCAGCCUUUCCAGAGAUCUCAGCGAUCAGGCAUGGCGAAGGGGAAAAGGAGAAAGCCUCGCGGCCCUUCGGUAGGAGGCGCCGGCCAGAGAGGCUCCGGCUCGAGUGGAUCGGCAGCAUUGCCAUCUCAGAUGCCAGGCAACAAGGAGCUGCCCAGCACGGCGGCUUGGCAAGAUCCCACGUUCCAUGAGAACCUCAUGGCCUCGCAGCCUCUCAUGCCGGGCCCCAUGCCGCUGCUGCCGCAGUUCAACAUCGGCCAGACCAUGCCCAUGAUACCAUUCAUGCCCAUGUUCUCGGGCGCCAUGCCGGGUCCCAUGCUCUACAACCAGAGCACGCCCCUGGUCCCAGACUUUACCCCGUUCCAACAAGGGCCGGCCCCUCUCAUGCAACAACAACAACUACCCUUGCGACCACAAUCUGCAACGCAGCUACCGAGCAACGGCUCAACACCAAACGCAGACCAGGCACCAUCAUCAAAGAAGAACAAGAUCCUCACCCGGGACGCCAUCGUCCCCCCCUCAAAGGAGUCAGGCGGCGUCCCGGACCCGUCCCCGUCCUACCUCGCCCGCGCCUCCUUCCUCCCGCAGCGCACGCCCGCGAGUAAGCCCCUCCUCGUCGUCAUCGACCUCAACGGUACCCUGCUCCACCGCCCCAACCGCGCCAGCCCGUCCAAGUUCGUCGCCCGCCCCCACGCCGCCGCCUUCCUGUCCUACUGCAUCCGCACCUUCUGGGUCGUCAUCUGGUCCUCGGCCCGCCCCGCCAACGUCCGCAGCAUGUGCGCCCGCCUCAUCCCCGAGCCCGAGCUGUCGGGCCGCGUCGUCGCCGUCUGGGGCCGCGACCGCUUUGGCCUGUCCGCCGACGACUUCAACCGCCGGGUCCAGUGCUACAAGCGGCUGACGCGCGUCUGGGAGGACGACGUGGUCGCCAGGUCACACCCGGCGUACGCCCAGGGCGGCCGCUGGACGCAGGGCAACACGGUGCUCGUCGACGACUCCAUCGAGAAGGCGCGCAGCGAGCCGCACAACCUCCUCCAGAUCCCCGAGUUUGCCGGCGACGUCAACGAGAAGCCCGAGAUCUUGCCGCAGGUGCACGACUACCUCAACGAGCUGUGCUUCCAGAGCGAUGUCAGCACGUAUAUCCGGAAGUACCCUUACAAGCCGGGCCCUGAAGGAUGGACUCCAGAGACACCACCCUGA